AUGUCUACCAUGCAAAUGGAUGUUUCUGACAUUGAAGUGAAAAAAGAAGGGACUUUAAAUAGUCCUGUGCACUUUAACAGUUUUACUGAACAAACAGUUUCUUCCCUUAAUGAGAAGGAAGCGGAACAAAUUAGUAAUAGUGGUCUUUUACAUGAAAUAAAUGAUCCUAUUGAUACUAUUGAGGUUAAUCCCAACGAAAAUAAUCCGUUGCCUGGUAAUUUAGAUAGACCAAGCCAAAACCUUGAUGAUAACGACAAUACAAAUAACUCUUCUAGUAGUUCAAAUGUGGUUGAUUUGGUUGAUUACCAGUCAAAUGUUUCAAAUAAUAUUUCUUAUAAUUCCUUAGCAGCAGCACCUUCAACGCAGAAGACCAUCUCCCUCCCUUCGGCAGCGGAACCUGCUUCUUGGCAAAUUCCACCAAGUGCUUUGCAGCAAAAGAAACCUUUGAAAAAUAUGCAGUUUGAAAAGUACGAAAAUCGUAUUUCAAAGAAUGUUUACGAUACAGAAGCAUGGUUAGGUCUCCUUGCUGAAGUACAAGCUAAGGCGGAUAUUGAUAAAGUCAGAGAUGUUUUUGAAAGGUUUCUGCAAAAAUUUCCUAC